UCAAAGUAAAAGCCCCAAUUGGACAAAGGUUAAGAUUGUAACCAGGAAACACCAAUGUGGGUAACACUUCCUGACUUGAAACAAAAGUUCAAAAGGCAGGGACAGAAGGAUGUAAGAAGCAAGAAUUGACUACAAUGUUGCAAGUACUUCUGUCCACGUUGUUUGCUGUUGCUUUGGUCCAUUCAAAUGCUGUUGGCAUGACAGAAAAGACACCAGUUGGGCCAGGAUUUCUCCAAGAUGUCAAUACCACUGACUCUGGUGUUCAAAAUGCCAGCUUAAUUGCAAUCUAUGGUUACAACAACCAAUCCAAUGACAUCUUCCUGUUUAAAGUUCAGAAGAUACAUAAAGCACAAGUACAGGUUGUUGCUGGUCUGAAAUAUUUUCUCUAUGUUGAUAUUGGAAGAACAGUGUGUCGCAAAGGAAAACCAUAUAAUCUCAAAUACUGUUCAUUUGAAACACAUCCACUGCUGAUUAAGGAUUUCAGGUGUACUGGGCAGUACUUGCACAGAAAUUGCACACGGCAACUCCACUUUGUUACAAAUAAAAUCACGAUUGACCUGUCAUUUUGAACUCUGGGUUGUUUUAUGGAAACAAAGUUGGAAAGUGAUUGCAACAAGUUGCCAGUGAAUCCUUCAGGACUGUAUUCGUUCCCUGUGCUAAUACUUGAAGCAUUUCCACCGAGUGGUGGAGUUACUAUUCAAUUUCACCAUUUCUGUUUUCUGCCUGAAGUGUUGAAGAGAAGAUUCAGUGUCCUGCAUAAUUCAUGAAGAACUCCUCCUCAUCUAGAAAUGGCCUUACUUUAACACUUUAAAGAAUACAGCAGCUGCUAUUGGAAGCUGUCCACUUUUUUUUUGAUGGCUUUUUCUUUGCCUUAAUGGUAUCAACCAACACAUUUCAAGUGAGUUAUUGGUGAUGUUGAAUAAGGCAUUGCAUUUUAUAGAUCUUUUUGCAAGCUCAGAAUAUCCCAAAGAGAUUUACAAUAAAGUGCUUUUGAAAAGUGUAGCUGCUUUUAUAAUAUAGGAAUAUUGGCAAACAUUUUGUGCAAUGUCUUGUAUCAGCAUUGGUCAAAUCAACUGUCGUCUGUUCUUAAAAAUAAAGAAAUGGAAUCUUUUUACAGCAACUCAAGGUGAGAUGAGAUCCUGGCUUAGCACUGUUUCUGAAAGACAGCACUACCAACAGUGUAGCAUUCAUUCAGUCUACACAGGGAUUGAGAACUUAGAUAAUGUUCUUAAGAACUCUGAAAUGGGAUUUAUACCGAAAGCUUGCUAAACACUGAAACAGAUGUAACAUCCAUUAAGUCACAAGAGCUGGUCAAUAAAAGACCAUCAACUGCAUGUGUGACUGCUUGUGUCAGUCAGUAAUUACUUCACUCCAACAAGAUUUCAACUGAAAAUUGUACCCCCCCCACCCCAAAAUGCUGGAAAUGCACAAGUCAACCAAGAUCUCUAAAGGAACAGAAGCACAACUGAGCAUGAUGCUACUUCCCAUUACCUGACGUUGACUGGACUGAGGAGACUAUAUUUUUGGACGCGGUCUCUUUUACUUAGAGUUUUCAAAGUUGGUUAAAGUUGUAAAGGUGUCAACCAUGGCUCGGUGGUAGCACUUUCUUGCCUCUGAGUUGGAAGAUUGUUUUUCAAAUGUAAUGAAGAUGGUUAUUAGUGGGUCCAUUCUUCAGAUAAAAAAGUUAAGCUGAGACUUGUCUGUCCUUUUCAGUACAUGGAGAAGAGUCAUGUUGUGAAGAUAUGGGUGUAAUAUGCCUUUAAGAGAGUAAAAGCUAGCAGUGACAGCAGCUAGUGUUCUCAAUAAGACACAAUUUAACAUGUGCUCCAGCUACUGGGGCAGCUGGUUGCCUGGAAAUGACAAAAUGGAUUCAAAUUAGGCCAAUCGGUUUAAAUUAAACCCCGAAA